GUGACGGUGUAACACAGUAUGAUUGAGUUAAUGGGUGUAGACCAGUGGAACAGAGAGAACUAAAUUACUUCACAUCUCAGCUAUGGCUUCAGGAGAUUCAAACAGGAAAGUGUCCUCUGUGUUCAUCACCUUGGCAAAACCUAACCAAACCAAAGUUGAGCAACGCAGUGGGAGGCAAAAGGGCUGGGUGCAUGCAGGGCCUUCCCAAAGGACCUCAGCAUCUCGUAGCUCUGCACCUGAAGAGCCUUCCCAAAAAUCUUCGUGGUCCAAGAACAGUAUCCACUCGGGAAACAAUAUGGGAGUCCUGUGGAAAAAUGAUACUGAGGAAGUUUCAGAUGUCUUCUCACCUCCUCCUGAUUCUGAAAUGCAUUCAUAUCCCCCAGAUCCACUGCCAACACAAUCGCUUCUGGGCCAGAAUCUUGACCCACGCCCUCUGACCUCACCACAGCCACCACCUCCUAAUAAAGAGGUGGUAAAACGAGCACCAUCUAGUGGGAUGAAAAUCAAUGAACAGCCAAAUGGGACCAAAGAAAAUAAUCCCGGAGAGAGCAGAGGCUUGUGCGGUUUCUGUCAGAGACCCAUACCUUUUACCGAAGCAGCAUUAACUGCUAUGGAAAAGAUUUACCAUAAAGGCUGCUUCAGGUGCACGGCAUGCAAUAGCCCUCUGGCUGGACAAAUGUUCUACCAGAAAGCAGAAGUCCCUGAAUGUGAAGCAUGCUAUGAGAAUGGUCUUGAACGUUGCUGGUCAUGUGGCCAAAAGAUAAAAGAAAAAUUACUUCGGGCACUCCAGCGGGCUUAUCAUCCCACUUGUUUUUCAUGUGUAACAUGUAAACAGCCGCUUCAAAAUUUCAUCCAGACAGAAACUGGAGAACUCUAUUGCCCUCUGGACUAUGGCAGGAAGUUUGCUAAGACCUGCAGUGCCUGUCACAAGAUAAUCAUGGCAAGUGAUGGGAGUAUUCCAGGACACAUUGAGAGUGAUGGACGCAUCUUCCACCAAGAGUGCUACAGAUGUGAGGUUUGUCACGUCAAGUUCUCUAUGGAGAAAAAGGAGCCUGACUGCUAUUCUUUGCACGGGAAAAGGCUGUGCCUCUCUUGCAUCAAAAAACAUCAGGCGACGACAAGAUAAUAGCACUGGCCUUGGUGUCUACCAACAAACCAAAACCAAAGAACAUUUACUUAGCAGGUAUCAGGUCGAUGUAGGAAUAACUAGUGAUUCAAUAUUUUGCCAGUUGAACAAAUAACAGUGCAAUAUGUACAUCAAUUGGGUGAUAAUUUAAAUGUUGGAUGAAAACCAUCAAUGCAAUAUCUGUGAAACAGCAUAUUUUAAACAUUUUUACUACAUGCUACUAAGGUACCUUGAACAUGUGACCCAACUAAGGAUUUUUUCAGCAGGGCGUAGAAUGGGUUUUCCCAUUGGCAGUGUAUACAAUACUUGUUCUCCCCACUGUAUUUGGUAUAUGGCAAAAUGGAUUUUGCCAUGUGGCAUUUUUUUGGUAUGUGGCAAAAUGGAUUUUGCCAUGUGGCAUUUUUUGGCAUGUGGCAAAAUGAAAUUUGGCAUGUGAAAUUUUUUGGCAUGUGGCUAAAUGGAUUUUGCCAUGUAGCAUUUUUUUGGUAUGUGGCCAAAUGGAUUUUGGUAUG